UCGUAAGGGGCCGUGCCCAAGCUGGCUCAAGGAGGGCGGGGCCUCGAGCCCGGGGGCGUGGCCUAGAUCUCGGGGUCCGCCCUCGCAGUCUCGCCCACUUGCCUUCACCCGCAACCCCGUUCUUUUCGGUUAUUUUCUGCUACGGCCGUUCCCCGCCCUGCCCUGGGCCCAGGGGGCCGCGGUCUGAACUUUGGUCAGCUGGAGCAGUCGCCCCUGACCUCCGUCAGAAAUGGGGAACGUGCAGUCGGAGUCGUCCGCGGGUGGGGGCUCCCGAAAAGAGCAGGCCUUGGACCCGUCCUCCGACUCCCGCCGGACAUCACUGUUGGAGCCCAAGGGGACCCCCUCCUCCCCGGCCAUGCGCCUGGCUCGCGGGCUGGGCGUCUGGUUCCCUGGCAGCUCCACGUCCCCGGGCCUCCUGGUACCCCCAGAGCCCCAGGCCUCACCCUCACCCCUGCCCCUGACCUUAGAACUGCCCUCGCCAGUGACGCCCCCUUCAGAGGAGGCGACUGCGGCCGCGGUCUCCACACCACCCCCGUCCCCCGUGGGGACCCUGCUGCCCGCGCCAUCUAAGUGGCGAAAACCCACAGGCACUUCGGUGCCCCGGAUCCGCGGUCUGCUGGAGGCAAGCCAUCGCAGCCAGGGCGACCCUCCCAACCUCCGCCCGCUGCCGCCGCCGCCCCAGCAACUAACCGGAGAGGACCCCGACCCUGUCCCGAGGGCCCCAUCCCCGACUCCGCCGCCCUUGGAGCCGCCACUACCGACACCUUCCGACCCGCAGCCCCCAGAACGCAGAAGCACUCCUGCUCUGGCCACGUCCGCCGCAACCCCUACAGAAAGCCAGGCCAGGCACGGUAGCGAGGGCCAGAUGACCGGCAGAGGGGCACCUCCCCAAGCAGGCGAGGGCGAAAUGGCCCGGCCUGUGGCCUCCGAGCCCGGCCUGAGCCUGUUGUGUAAAGUCACCUUCAAGUCAGGGCCCCAGCUGUCCCCUGCGGCAGCGUCGAGUUCCUUAGCGGCCAAAGCCUCUCUCGGGGGCGGCGGCGGAGGAGGACUCUUCUCCGCCGCCUCGGGCACCAUCUCCUACGCUGAGGUCCUGAAGCAGGGACCCCUGGCUCCUGGGGCCUCUCGCCCCUCGGGAGAGGUCCCUCGGGGAACUCAUGAAGCAGAAGGCGGUGAUGGAGACGGCGAGGGGUGUUCUGGACCACCCUCGGCGCCUGCGUCCCACGCCCGGACCCUUACUCCUCCAUCCUACACCACCUUUGUAGGCUCGAAGCCCAAAUUUGACUGGGUGAGCCCCCCUGAUGGCCCUGAACGCCAAUUUCGCUUCAGUGGAGCUGGCGGAGGCGUCGGGGCGCCCCGACGGCGCGCAGUCGCGCUCUCAGGGCCCAGGGGCUCCCCGCCGCCUCCGCCAGGGCGGAUGCAUCCAGCUCCCAGGCCCCGGAGGCCCGCACCCACCUUGCUGGCGCCGCCUGUGUUCAUCUUCCCGGCGCCCACCAAUGGCGAGACUGUGCGCCCCGGGCCUCCCAGCCCGCAGGAGUUGCUGCCGCCGCCGCCAGCGCCGCCGCCGCCGCCCACGCCACCACCCACGCCGCCUCCCGCGCCGCAGCCGCCAGUACUCCAGCCAACGCGGCUGCCCGUGGCGCUCCCGCCCACCCCAAGCCCUGGCCACUUGGAGUCGGCCGUGGCUCCCGCCCCGGCUCCCGCUCUGCCCCUCGCCUUGGCCGCUGACCGGGCCCCAGGCCCGGCCUCACCCCCGGCUCCAGCUCCCACCGUGGCUGAGCCAUCGCCACCUGCGCCCGCGCCCGUCAAGGUCCGCACGCGCCGGAACAGGGGUCCCCGCGCAGCCCGGGCCGCUCCGCGUGAGGAUGGCGCGCCUGGAGAUGGUCCUCGCGAAUGUACUGCAACUACUGUGACUGACAGCGGUGGUGGAGGGGGGGGUGGCAGCGGGGCUCCUCCAGCGGGGACGGUUAACUCGGGCGCCACGCGCCACUGGCCACCCUUCCAGGUGCUUAAGUCUUGUCCCUUCAAGUGUUACUGCCGCCACCAGCCACGCCAUCGCCGCCUGCCACGCAACGUGUCUGCCUGGUGAGGGGAGGUCGGGGAGUAGGGAGGGGAGUUAUACCGUUCCAAGUCCUGAACCCGACUUUCCUGGAGUGCCCCAUUCAACCCUUUGGCGUCCUGACCCCAGCUGACCCUAGACCCUCCCCUUGGCUGCAUCUCAAACCCAGCUGAGCUCCAACCCUUCAGAACCAAGAGGAGCCUUGAUAUCAUGCUGAUCCCUGACAGAGAACACCUUGGCCCCGCUCCUUAGUAUCCAGACCUCCAACGUGACCCUUGGCCCUCUUAUUAGUCUCUGGAGCCAUCAGGGAGGGAAAACUGGUCCCAGCUGGCCUGACCCUAUUCACUGCAUUGACCCUGUCCCUGGUGACAUCAAGGACCACAUCCCAGGCUCUUCAGGGAUGGGAUGGGAGAUGAUGGUCUUCUGGAACCAAACGGGUAUAAAUGCAGGCCUCCAAAGGAAGCCCCAGGCCUAGCCCCCCAGACUCCUUACCCCUCCAGCCUUUGGCACCUUCUCCCGACGAACCCAAGACUUUGACCGCCAGAGGGCACUGAUAUCCCAGUCCUUGUGCUGCAGAGGUUACUCCUGAUUCCGUAGAUUCAGGGGAGACACUGCAUCCUGCGAUUACCUCUCCUUCACCCCUAAAUCUCAGGAUCUGGUCAUCAGGGUCUGUCUGACCCUGGCUCCUGAGGAACCUGAAUAACUGGGAGACCCUCUUCCCUGGUACCUCUGGGGCUCAGCUGGGACCUGAAGGGGGAGUUGGGAGAACUACUAUCACCAACCCUCAGCCCCCUUUUCUACUAAGUUUAAGUGGAUACAGCCCGGCUCUAAACUACCUUUGGGAUAUUCAGACAUGGUUCCUUACACAGAUGGAGAAAGUGGAGCCUAGAAGGGGUAAGGGCCUGGCCACAUAGCCAGGUCCUGAAGAUUCUACCUUCUCCCUAGGCUGAGCACACCCACCAACCACCUGAGUGAGCCACCCUGGGUCACCACCAUCAAGCUGGCCGGCUCCCUGGUAGCUGGGCUGGAGCACUACGACUUGCAGGCUACCCAUUCCAACUGAGUGCAGUCUGCUCAAUGCCCUCUGCCUUCCCCUCCUUGACAAUAAAAAUAACCAUCCAGAUGCCUAGAGCCUGUCAGUCACUGGCUAAGGGUUGAAGGGGUGGGGCGGGGCAGAGGUCUCCAUGAAAGCACCACAUCCUGGCAACACGAGGCUGGACCCAGACUAGCAAUAAGGGAGGUUCCAUUCAACCAGCAUGCGGACUGAUGCACCCAGGGGUGAGAUGUUCUCAUUCCCCUUAAUACCAUCAGCCCCAUUUCCAAGCUGAUCUGGUGCCAAGCUCAGGGGUUCAGUGCAAAUCAUUCUGGAAAGCAGGAAUGAUCAUUCCCUCUCUGAGACUUUCUUGAAAAUCCCACAAACCACAAAUGGCUCAGCCAGAUUUGGACUCUGCCUUAAACACCUUCUUGAGGACUUCAAGGCAGGAAAUAGGGUGGGGGGU